UUUUUCACAUAACCUCUCAAACACAUGCAUCUGUCACUCGAUACUGUCACAAAAUUCAAAAUGUGAACGUGACAAUGUCUGAAAAAAUCCCAAACGUUGCAGCCCUCCUCGAGGAAACCAAGACCAUAUUCAGAAACCACUUCAACGAGGAACCCUUGCAAUUCGUUUAUGCCCCUGGAAGGGUCAACCUAAUUGGUGAACAUACUGACUACAAUGGAGGAUUCGUAAUGCCAAUGGCCUUGCCCCUGAUCACCAUAAUCGUCGGCAAGAAGAACAAUGGCAGCAAGUCUUACGUGUACACUUCCGCUAGUACGGUGGAUACAUCUCAGGAGGCGAUCCUGGAUAUGGAACACAUCACCGACAAGAGUACAGGCCCCAAAUGGUCGCUUUACGUCAGAGGCGUCAUCGCCAACUAUAUCGGAACUGCUCCGGCAUUCAAGGCUGUUAUCCACAGCACUGUCCCAAUUGGAGGCGGACUGGCCAGCAGUGCUGCUCUAGAAGUUGCCGUUUACUACUUCCUGGAUGAAAUCGGUGAACCCAGCAAGGCAACUGUCGUGAACAGAGCUUUGGCGUGCCAACAGGCAGAACAUGAAUAUGCUGGCGUGCCCUGUGGUAUAAUGGAUCAAUUCGUUUCUUUCAUGGGGAAGACAAGGCAAGCUCUGUUGAUUGACUGUCAGAAAAUGACGGUGGAUUAUAUUCCGCUGACGGAUCCGAGGAUUGUGGUUCUCAUCACUAAUUCUAAUGUUAAACACGAAUUAACGGGUGGCGAAUACUCUACACGAAGGAAACAAUGCGAAGAAGCAGCGCAGCUUCUGAAGAGAGUCAGCCUCAGGGAAGCCACCACACAUGAUCUAGACUACCUCAAGUCGAUCAAUGCAAACGAGGAGGUCAUCAAAAGAGCGAAACACGUCAUCUCAGAAAACCGGAGAACGAAAGAAGGUGCUGAAAUGCUGAAACAAGGCAAUUACAUGGGAUUCGGAAGGCUGAUGGCCGAGAGUCACAAUUCUCUAAGAGACGACUACAACGUGUCCUGUUCGGAAUUGGACGAUCUAGUGGAGUUAGCCAUGGAAGUUGAGGGGGUGCUAGGAAGUCGGAUGACGGGGGCUGGUUUUGGGGGUUGUACGGUUACCUUGCUCUUUUCGAAUGCGGUAGAGAAAGUGAUGGAUAACAUCAGAAGGAAGUACAAAGGGGUGCCAACGUUUUAUAUUUGCGAACCUAGUGAAGGAGCCGCUAAACUUUGUGACUGUCGAAUUUGACAUACAUAAUAUACAUACAUAAUAACAAUUUCAUUUUUGGUCGACUUUCUUUUGUCAAUAAAACGAACCAGGGUGUUA